CUCUUGCUGGGCAAACGAAAACAACUAGGACAGGUCGAGUUUGCGCCCGAGAGCCAUUAAGAGAGCAGCCCAAAAUCGAUGCCGCAGGACUAGAAUUGGUUGUGCAGGAAUUUUCAUCAAUGCUGCUUUAAUCCUGGAACAAAACAAAGCGACCAUGUCGAGCGACAAAGCUAACACGGCCUCCGCGAAUCAGACCGACACCCUCGAGUCACUGUCGAAGGAGGCGGCCGCGCUGAAGGCAAAACUCGAGGAAGAACGACAGAAGUUGAAUGAUGUUGCUUUGGCAACAGUUGCAGAGCGCAUCGAGAACAUGACGGGCGUCAACAUCAAGCCCAGGCGGCUCCUCAAAGGACACCAAGCCAAAGUCCUUUGCUUGGACUGGUCGCAAGACAAGCGUCACAUCGUCUCCUCGUCACAGGAUGGAAAAAUGAUCAUUUGGGAUGCAUUCACAACUAAUAAAGAGCAUGCGGUGACAAUGCCCACUACUUGGGUGAUGGCCUGUGCUUAUGCUCCCUCUGGAAAUUUGGUUGCUUGCGGCGGUCUCGACAAUAAAAUAACCGUGUAUCCGUUGAGUAUCGAGGAAGAUGUGUCCGCCAAAAAGAAAACCGUAGGCACUCACACGAGCUACAUGUCGUGUUGCAUCUUUCCAAACUCAGACCAGCAGAUUUUAACUGGAAGUGGUGACUCGACUUGUGCUUUGUGGGACGUUGAGUCAGGCCAGCUGUUACAAAGCUUUCAGAGCCACCAAGGGGAUAUCAUGGCCAUCGAUCUGGCACCCUCUGAAACGGGCAAUACUUUUGUCUCAGGAAGCUGCGAUCGCCUAGCUCUGGUUUGGGACAUGAGGACUGGACAGUGCGUCCAAGCAUUUGAGGGCCAUGACUCUGACGUGAACAGCGUGAAAUUCCACCCAAGUGGAGAUGCGAUCGCGACAGGCUCGGACGAUGCAACAUGCCGUUUGUUUGAUCUUCGCGCCGACCGAGAGGUGGCCGUCUACAACAAGGAGAGCAUUAUUUUCGGAGUCAACUCGGUGGACUUCUCCGUCAGCGGCCGACUGCUUUUCGCCGGCUACAACGACUACACAGUCAACGUGUGGGACACCCUGAAGACCUGCAGGGUUGCCAUGCUGUACGGCCACGAAAACAGGGUGUCUUGUUUGAAGGUGUCUCCAGACGGGUGCGCGUUUGCUACGGGAAGCUGGGACUGCACUCUGAGGGUGUGGGCUUAGGUGGUUGAUCUCCAAGCUGUGCUGGACGGCAUUUGCUUUAUAACGAGAGUAAUACUACUGUAGAUCAACCCCCUUCCUUCAUUCAUCUUACUUCUCGCUCUCCGCGCAAGGUUACCAAUUUUGUUUUAACUGCAUUUUGAAAAACCAAAGAACCGCAGCACAAAGAUAUUGUUCUAUCGAUGUUAGCUAUUUGAGAACCGUGGAAUUGCAUUUAAAUAAUUGAUAUGACAAAGUCUUGAUUUUUUGUCUCAUCAGCUGCACAAAAAGAUAUUUGCAAUAUUUGUUUCCUUGAUGAUGCCAAAGUAUAUUAUUAUAAGCUGAGAAACAACGCACUUAACAAAACUGUGUGUCUAAUUACGAUCAAGUUUAUUGAAAAAAAACAUUUAAUUUAAUGAAAUUUAAAUUGUUGAGUGGCUCCAAAUAGCAGUGAUCUACAAUUUCUCAUGUUUAAUUUCAACCAGAUAUUAGUUUAAAAUCUUUAGUCUCCUUCCCUCGAAGGUAAAUCGUAGAUCGCUUUUCGACGUUGAUUAACUCACUGUCCACUCAACGAGGAAUUCGCUUUCGAGGGAAGGAAACUAUCAUCGGGUCGAAAGUAAACUUAAAAUAAUUUGGAUCAAAUGGCGAUCUUUCCUUGUGAGCCAUUUGAUAAUUGAAAUUUCAAAUUAAAUGCGGAUUUGGUAAUGUUAUAGAAUCUCUAGUUUGUCAAGAUUUGAGUUAACAAUAUUAACUUUUAUUUUGGCAUUAAUUCUAAUAGCUUCACUUGAGUCUCUUUUCUGCCAUGGGAAUAAUCUUUGUGAUAUUUUACGUGUCAUAUUUAGAUGAAUAAAUGAAAUAAACUACACAUCUCGAA